AAGGAGGAGAAAGAAGAAGAGGGACGGGGAUGAUGAAGACGUGGACAUUCAGAUAUGUAGGCUGUGUUCAGGGAAUGGAGCAGGGCGUCCACUUAAAGGGCUAAUAAAGCAGAGGACAGAGUGGGAGACAAGGAAGGAGGAAGGAUGCUGAAGGGAAUACUGAGAUCGUCUCUUUCCUCAUAGACAUUGGAGUAGUUUGACUCCGUGGCCGGUGGAAGAAAAAAGAAAAAAAGGGUAAACCCUUCCUUCAGGACAGUUUUACUUUUUGUCAGCCACUGAGAGAAAAUGUAAUAUAAAAAGAGAGAAAGCGACGUAAUGAUGCCGAUCCUGUAUACAGUGAGACAGUCAUCAUGAAAUGCUCCAAAGAUAGGAAGAAAAAUCUGACAUCUCACUCCUGGUGCUUUAGUGGACUGGAGGCAGUUUGAUUUCAUGGGUGUGAAAGGGUGCAUUCUCCACAAAGUCUGGAAAUGGACAAAUGCAGCCUAAAUGAUUUGAAAUCCUUUGUGGUGAAGACUGAUGCUUAAGAGAUGUUUCUACCAAGAAGACUCAUCCUACCCAUGCAAUCAGAAGAAGCUUCUACAACGAGCAACAUUUCAAACUAACUGAAUUAUUGAGAAACCAGUUUGUGUUUUCAGGGGCUCUGGAGAGAUGGCUCUUGCAAGGAGGAGGCUGGAAAUACUCAAUUUGUGGAAAGAAACUGUCUGUGCAUCCAAGGCCAAUGGAGAUUUCCGAGGACAGCAGGAAAAUAUAUUCUAAGAAUCAUACGAGAAGAGUAGUAGCUUGAUGAGGUUGGGCAAGGUUGCAGCAUCGUGGGACUUCUCUCUCUCUCUGUGACUCCAAAUCCAUCAGGAACUCUUAAAAGCUGAUCAACCAAGAUAUCCCUUUAAGGCUUACCUAUCUAAUACCCCUCCCUUUGUUUAAAAACUCUCUGUACGGCACCACAUCCACAAAAACCUCUCUUUAAGACAUAUAAUCAAGGAGGAGCCAUUUUUUAAUCAUAGGAAAGGCUCUGUAUCGACCAUGAUCCUUUCUUGAAGCCUUUAGCCAUCGAGACUAACUUGAGGUUAGCAUCAACACCAGGAAAGAACUUCUUUUAAAGCUUAAUAACUAAAUCAGUUGGGUCCUAUAUUCUCCAAGCAAAAGUCUCCACCUAAAUUUAAAUGUCUUAAAUGUCUAUUUGAAAUCCCUUUUUAAGGCUUAAUUUCCUACAAGAUACUGUAUUUACCCAGAACCCCACUUUAAGGUUCAAAUAUUCACUCUCCUUUCCCUCUUUUAAAGGGUUUUAAAAAUCCACCUUUCUAUGAGAACGAUUAUUCAACUGGAAUCUCUUAUUAAGGCACUAUAUUCAUAAAGAACCUUUCUUUUAAGUUCUUAUAAGACACUAUUCACCAGAAACUUAACUUUAAACAUCUACCAAGGAACUAUGAAUCUAUCCACUACUUGAGUAACUCUUUAAGGCCAUACGUCUGCCAUAAAUCAACCGAGAGCUUGUCUAAGUUCUACUGGCUCAAACUGGGACUCUGGGACCUAAAAGUGUGAGAAAAAAACAGUGAUGCAGUUUUCAUGCACCACUGCUGUCUCACCUUCUAAACUUUCCCAAUUCUCUAAAAAAUAUUCACAUCGCCGUGUGUAAUUUGCACUGCAUCUACAACUGUUACCAUAGCAACCGGAGCAGGAGCACUGCAGCAUGGGACUCAGCUGCUUCAAGUCCUGGAAACAUGAAAGUACAGGCCACAAAGGUAACAGAGACGUGUUGGCCAGCCCAGGCUCGUAUUUCUUCCUAUCUAACAGCGCCGGUCAGGGUGACGAGUGGCUGAAGAGCCUCAACAAGGGAGUCUGGAUUCCUUUCACAGGGGUCUUUGGUCAGCGUCUGGAGGAGACGGUGCUGUAUGAGCGACGUUAUGGAGUGCGUUUGGUUCCUCUGGUGGUGGAGCAGUGUGUGACCUUCAUCCGGGAGCGUGGCCUGCAUGAAGUGGGGUUGUUUCGCCAGUCAGGACAGGCCAGUCUAGUCAAAGAGCUGCAGGAGGCUUUUGAUGCAGGGGAGAGACCGUCCUUUGACAGCAGCACAGACGUCCAUACGGUGGCGUCAUUGCUGAAGCUCUACCUCAGGCAACUGCCGGAGCCUCUGGUUCCUUACAGCCGCUACCAGGAUUUCCUGCUCUGUGGUCAGAAGCUGUCGAGUGACCGAGCGCUGGGUAUGGGGGAGUUGAGGAAUCUUCUUCGUGAGUUGCCAGUUGCAAACUUCAAUCUACUCAACUUUAUCUGCCAGUUUCUAAAUGAGGUCCAGAGUUACUCCAACAGUAACAAGAUGAGCAGCCAGAACUUGGCCACUGUGUUUGGGCCAAACAUCCUCCGAGCCAAAGCUGAAGACCCACAAAGCAUCAUGGGAGGUGCAACACUGGUUCAGGUGCUGAUGUUGGAGCUGAUCAGAGAGCAUGAGUCUCUAUUCGCCAAAGUCCCCCCGUCCAUCUCUGUCCGUCCACCUUGUGGUUCGCGUGCAUCACCAAGUGCUCUGCGGCAGCCUCAUCUCGACCCGUCACCCUGCCUCCGCCAGCUGUCUAUGCCUCUCAUUGCAGAUCGCUCUAGAGAGCCAGGACAGGCCGCCGCAGAUGCACAGAACAACAGAAGCUGUUUCUACUCUGCUGCUGCCACAUCAAACUUGUCCUCUGGCCAGAAGAGACUUCUCGGCCAUCGCUACACUUCCUCCCACCCCGAGAACUGCUUUUACCCCGUGCCCUCCUCCAGUCAGCACCAAGCCAACAUAGAUUAUCACCAGCACCACGCUCACCAAGGACCAUCAGCUACAAAUAUUCAAGCCUCUACAACCAGCCUCCAGCUUCAAGAUCCACUACCUGACAGCUCCAAGUCCAGACCGAUGCCCAUGGGAUGGGCAAAGGCCUGGCCAACCCCAGCAGAGGCAGGUGCUGGUUUCUGGAGCUCUGGUGGUGCAGAGGAAGAGGGAACAGUGCCAGAAACAGCCAGCGCAGGCAGCAGUGAGGCUCAGGAGGACAGCCCCCUUUCUGCCUAUGAUAACCUGGACAGAGUGUCUCAAAGUCAGAAAAUAGAGGAUGUCACUGGUGGACUUCUUGAAACCAAUGAUCUGGGAGGCCAUACUGGAACUUGUGAAGUGGAGGUGGAGCUAGAGGAGGCAGGGCAAACAAGGAACUCCUCCUCUUCCUGGUCUUCCUGCGAGGUUCUACCAUUGGACGAGAGCGGUGAUGCUGUGGCCAUGGUUAGUCCUGACAUCUCACCAAAGCGACCUAAAUGGUUGCCUUCAAGUCAGGUAGGAAAAGAGGAAAACAGUCAUAAAGAGGAACAAGAGGGCCAAAACAAUGACAGUGAUGAUGAGGAUGAAGAUGACAAUGAGGAUGAUGAUGAUUACAUCCACCCUAACUCCCCAGCCUCUGGUUCUAUACUCAGCCCUCUGAGUACAGGCAGCUCAGAGGUAUUCCUCCCCUCUGCUCCUCCAGACCUCCAUGAUCCUGAGACUCAGUCACAUCCCGGGGAUGCUCACCCACGUCUGGAUGAGCUGCGGCAGCUGAUGGCCCAGCAGAAGGCUGAGUACCAGGCCAGGAUACAGAGGUUGGAGCGCUGUAAUGACGUCCUCGAGCGGCAGGUUGCAGUACUGCGGGUCAGUCUUGAGCAGCAGAAGCGUAGCCAAAGUGUUGCUGAGAUCAAGAUUCGCAACAUGGAACAAGCCAAAGCUGAUGCUGACCUCCAAAACUCCACGCUGCAGAGAGAGAUGGAGAUGUUCUUCCAGAUGUAUGGAGAGUUCAGAAGAAGAGGAGGAGACGAAGGCGGAAGAGGAGGAGGGAGUCUCUGAAGAUAAAAAGAGAAAGAGGAAUUCUUUGAAGUGCAUGGAUAGGUCAGAGGAGAAUAAAAAAGAAGGGAGGGUUUGUUUCACAGAGCUUGUUGAAAGGGAUGGAUGACUCUUGAUAGGAGAUCCAACAUUAAGGAAGGCGGUGAAGGCAUCACAUCAUGAAGAAAAACAGAGCGUUAUUACAGUCCAGAAGACAACCUAAAUACAAGACAGUUGUGUGUCAUUUCAACCAGUUAGCCUCAAGCCAGGUUGGUUAAGUUCAUGGUGACCAGAAGAUGGCAAGAAAGUUUGAAUUUGAGGAGCAGUUCCAUUGGCAAGCUCCUUCACCUGUGCAUUGAAUAUAACUUCCCCAUCGUGGGCUGUUUGAUUGGUUUAUUGGAGCAACAGAGGGACACGCUUAAGUCUCUUCCUGCUUUACGCAAACCAGUUACCAAGCUGUGUCUUUCCAGGAAGCCUGGGACAAGGUAUUAUUCCACAUAAAACCAAGUCUCCUUUGAGAAACCAAACGCCAUUCUGAGCUGUUCCUGAACAGCAAAGAUCUAGAAGAGUACUGGAAACCAAAAGCUUGUCCGAACUAUUGGACUUUCAAGGUUUCAGAACUGCUGUACUGCUCACACUGACUAUUAUCAUGUUGAUAUGGGGGUUCACAACCCACACAACGGAUCUCAGAUGAUUGCAAGAUUAUUAGUUAGUUAGAGAGAACUGCGACUGGAGUGCAUGAUGCCGGGAUUCCAGCUCAAAGUCAGUACACAUAACGCAAGGGAACACUAGCACGGGUAUUUGCCCUCUUCGAAGCCAUGUGUUGUUUUAGAGUGUUUUCUACCUCCAUUUUUCCCCAAAGCCGAUUUCUUGACAAUCUUAUUGGGUACUGCCCAGACUGUCUCAGAUUUGUCCCCAGGAACAAAUGUAACCUGUUUUUGGCUACAAUAAAAUUAAAAAUGCUCCAUUUGCAACGUUGUAGCAUCUCAGGACAAGAUCAAGAGGCUCAAACUAGACAAAUUGUUGGGAUGGGAAAUAACGUGGAUUCUCUUCCGACUCCAUGGGUUUCAGUCUCAGAUCUCCAAAAUGUAUCUAGGACAAGAAAAUCCUAGCCAAAGUUGUGUUGUCUGCAUUCAACUUCAAAGAACUUCAAUAGUCUCCGAGGACAAUCCUUGAUGUACAAUCCUUUUAGUUUGAAGUUCAUGUGGGAAAUUCAUACAAGAUUUCUCAACCCUGAGGUGUCCUAAGGUCGGUUGUUCACAGCUCAGCUCUGACCAAAGUCAGUGGGAGUUCUGGCUGUGAACAAAAUGCAGCAUUGCAUCUUAUCUUUGCUGUGAUAAAUGGAGGGAUUUAUAUGCAUUAUUAAAGCAAUCUGGUUUACUUUAGGAUAAAGACCUCAGAAUCCCCUGGAUGUUUUCCAACUGGCUACCACUGUUAACAAUAAGAUAUGGACUUGCUACUAUACUAAAUUACUUGUUUUUUUUCAGGAACUAGACUGACUUGCUUUGCAGGAAUUCAUUUAGAAUGAAACUGCAUCUCUAACAGAUUCUAGGUGAAGAUAAUUUUGUUGACUGAAAGUGUACAAAUAAAGAUACCAGAAGUUCUGUUCA